ACCAUUGAAAAAUCUGGUGCUAAAUCUGAAUUCGGUGGAAUUCCCACCUAUUCUUAAUCUGGUGUUGGCUUCCCUUCAUUCUGGAUCAGUGGGAGAACUGGGUUUGGAAGGCUUAUGCUCCAGCAUUUUCAGGAUUUUUCUUCAAAGCCUUUGUUAUUCACCAUCUGCAUAGGAGACAACUGGAGGCCUCCUCAGCGUUUAGAAAAGAAAAGAGAUUUGUACAUGUUCCUAGCUCUUCAUAUGGAGAACUCUCCAGUGUGCGGGGAGUCUGAAAAGUUUCACAAAACUGGAAUAGUUGUGUGUGAGUCAGACAAAGUGCACAAACUGAUGUCAAUGUGUUGCUCCUCAAAAAGUUUGCAUGCCGUGCAACAAGUCAUGUUGAACACUCCCAUCACUUUACGCAAUUGCUCUAUCUAUAUGUCCAGAAAACCUUGCUCUGCAUGUACCAAAUUUCUCAUUCAAGGGGAAAUUUCUUCUGUCUGUUACUGGCCAAGGCAUCCAGAGCUCAAAGAAGACCUUGAACAAGACCUCAAACAAGUUGACCUUUUGUUCUUAACAAGUCCUAUAAUUAGCAGUGUUUUUGUGCCACUCAUAGAUCAUAUUGACAAAUCCGACAAAAAGUCGGAAAUUGCUCAUAGAACACGACGUUUUAGAUGCAGUAAGUGUAACCCUUGUUAUACUGAGGCUGUAAAGAAAGAAGACUGUGAAAAGAACUGUACUCUGCUUAAUUUGCAAGAUUGUGUAAAGUCUUGUAAUAAGCAAAUGGAGGAUGCUUCAGAAUAUCUUGAUAUUUUAUUACAUUGUGUCCAUGGAGAAUUUGCUGGAACAUUUGAUGAAACAUUUAAUGAAAUAGGCAAAGAGCAGCACAUCCAUGCACUACAGCUCUGUUUUCUUUUAGCAGCAAGAUCUGAUGAUCCAGAUAAAGGAGUAGGGUGUCUAUUGUAUGAUAAAAAUGGAUGUAAUAAACCCGGAUAUUUUUUUGGAGCAGGUUAUAAUGGAUAUCCUAUAGGUGCUUUGUAUGGAAACCUGCCUCGAUGUGGUAGAGGAGACUUACCAAAAAAGGAAGCCCUUGUCCAUGCUGAACAAAAUGCUCUUCUAUUCAGAUCUAACAAACAAAUAAAAGACACUGAUGUUCUCUAUUGUAGCAAACCUCCCUGUUUACCGUGUCAAAACUAUAUAGAUUUUGUGGGCAUAAAGAGGAUUAUUUCUGUGAAAGAUUCAUCAACUAAAAGAACAGUCAUUUCAGAAUUAAAAGAUAAAUUUAAAUAUGUACAGUAUAAGUGCGCAACAGAGAAACUUACUGGUGACAUUUUUAUUCUUUGCUCCUUAAUGUUAUUAUGCUUUACUCUGUAUUUUUCAUUGCCAGAUUUAUUCUGAUAUUAGAGAACACUGUCUAGAGCCCUUAAAAAAGAGGAUGAAAGGGUGAGGAGAUUUUUGUUAGGACCUUGCCAUGGGUGGAAAGGGUUAUCCCCCCCAGCAUACCACAGCCCCAUCUUAAUUGGAACCCCAGUGGCUACUUCUGGGAGGAAAGGCGGAAUAUAAAUGUAAUAAAUAAAGAAGUAAUACUAUUCACAGUGUGUGUGAAGAUUUAUGCAAUUCAAAGUGACAUGUUUAGCA